AUGUGGAUCGUGCCUAAUUUCUUGGAGCAGGGUGACCCAAUGUGGCUCUGUGACACUGGAACAGCCAGAGGCCUGACCACGGCCUGGGAGGCCCUCCCAGAUCUCCGUGGGGCUCCCCCACCAGAUCUCCUCGGGGCUCCCCACCAGAUCUCCUCGGGCCCCCCCACCAGAUCUCCUCGGGGGUCCCCCACCAGAUCUCCUCGGGGCUCCCCAACCACAUCUCCUUGGGGGCCCCCCACCAGAUCUCCUCGGGGCUCCCCACCAGAUCUCCUCAGGGCUCCCCCUGCAGAUCUCCUCGGGGCUCCCCACCAGAUCUCCUUGGGCCCCCCACCAGAUCUCCUCGGGGCUCCCCACCAGAUCUCCUCGGGCCCCCCCCACCAGAUCUCCUCAGGGCUCCCCCCACAGAUCUCCUCGGGGCUCCCCACCAGAUCUCCUCGGGCCCCCUACCAGAUCUCCUCAGGGCUCCCCACCAGGUCUCCUCGGGCCCCCCCACCAGAUCUCCUCAGGCCCCCCACCAGAUCUCCUCAGGGCUCCCCACCAGGUCUCCUCGGGCCCCCCCCACCAGAUCUCCUCAGGCCCCCCCACCAGAUCUCCUCAGGGCUCCCCACCAGAUCUCGGGGCUCCCCACCAGAUCUCCUCAGGGCUCCCCACCAGGUCUCCUCGGGCCCCCCCACCAGAUCUUCUCGGGGGUCCCCCACCAGAUCUCCUCGGGGCUCCCCAACCACAUCUCCUUGGGGGUCCCUCAACAGAUCUCCUCGGGCCCCCCCACCAGAUCUCCUCGGGGCCCCCCACCAGAUCUCCUCAGGGCUCCCCCCGCAGAUCUCCUCGGGGCUCCCCACCAGAUCUCCUCGGCCCCCCCCACCAGAUCUCACCCCCCCACCAGAUCUCCUCGGGCCCCCCCACCAGAUCUCCUCAGGGCUCCCCACCAGAUCUCCUCAGGCCCCCCCACCAGAUCUCCUCGGGGCUCCCCACCAGAUCUCCUCAGGGCUCCCCACCAGGUCUCCUUGGGCUCCCCCCCAGAUCUCCUUGGGCUCCUCCCCCACCAGAUCUCCUCGGGCCUCCCCACCAGAUCUCCUCAGGGCCCCCCCACCAGAUCUCCUCGGGCCCCCCCACCAGAUCUCCUCAGGCCCCCCACCAGAUCUCCUCAGGGAUCCCCCCCAGAUCUCCUCGGGCCCCCCCACCAGAUCUCCUCGGGCUCCCCCCCAGAUCUCCUUGGGCUCCUCCCCCACCAGAUCUCCUAGGGCCCCCCCACCAGAUCUCCUCGGGCUCCCCGCCCGACCUCCUCAUGCCUCCCCCCCAACCCUGCCCGGGCUCACUGACCUCAGCUCCUGCCCACCCCCACCCUCACUGUCUCGCUCACCUCAGGGCCUUUGUACCUUCUGGUCCCUCUGCCAGAAACAGCCUGUCUGA